AGUGUUUGUAUGAUUGGAACACGAAUGUAAAUCAUACGAAAGGAAUUUUGUUCUUCAGAAAUAUACAACAACUCAUUACUAAAUUUCCCAAGAUUAUCAACAGCUGACAACGCAAAAUGUGCACAGGAGAUAUCAUUUGAAGAGAACACCAACGAAGUAUCUUCAGGAAGGAUGCAAACUUUAGGCAACGGGGCCUUGUAUUGUAAAAGAACAAAAAAGACAGUGUUGAAUGGCAAAAUGCACAAGCAAAUAGCUCAUUGUAAUGUUGAAAGACGAAGACGAGGCCUUAUUAAUGAAAGGAUGGUUAAACUACAGGGGCUACUAUUUCCAGGAAGUACAAAAUGUCAAAAGAGUGAUGUCUUAAAGAAAGCAAUUGACUGUAUUUCACGUAUGAAAGAGGAUUAUGACAGGAUAAGGAAAGUCGAAGAGGCUGUUGUGAAAGUACGUGAAGAGAAUAAAGUGUUGGCGUCGCAAGUUCAGGUAAAGUAUAGGAUUAAACAUAACAAUAAUAGGAAAGUGAAAAGUCUUCAAGAAAGUAAGAGGAGGCAAAAGAAGAUUUAUGCUAAACGAAUUACGAAGAAACAGAAAGAAAAGUAA